AUGAUCCAUCAAGUAGGAACAAGCGAUGGAUGGCAUGGCAUCAUCGCCCACGAGGGGCCCUUCACCCCGGUCGCUGGCCGUUAUCACCUCUACAUCGGUCUUUUCUGUCCCUUUUCCCAUCGAGUGGACCUUGUGCGCCACCUCUGCGGCCUGGUCGAUAUCAUCCCCGUGUCCAUCGUAAGACCAUGGCCAAAGGUGGCUGGGAAGGGCCUGAAAUUCCCCGAAACCGAUGAGGAAUACCCGGGUGCGACUGUCGAUCCGCUCUUCGGCACGGAGUUUGUGCAAGACCUCUACUUCAAGGCUGAUACUAACUACAAGGGCUCGUGGUCAACACCGGUGCUGUGGGAUAAGUGGACAGACUCCGUCGUGAGCAAUGAAUCAGCAGAGAUGCUGCGCUGGUUGCCCAACGCCUUUGAUUCGAUCCUGCCCGCGACGCAGAAAAGGGCAGAUCUUUAUCCCAUUGCGGUUCGAUCCGCUAUCGACGAAACGACCGUCUGGAUGCAGCCAGAGCUCAACGGGGGGGUUUACAAGGCCGGGGCAGCAAAUCCGCAGGAGGCUUACAACCAGGCAGUGGCAGUAGUCUUCCGAGCACUCAAUAAGCUGGAGAAACUGCUGGGUAAGAAUGGCGGUCCGUUCAUCCUCGGAGACCAGCUCACCGAGCUCGAUCUGAGGGCUUACACGACCUUGAUCCGGUUCGAUCCUAUCUACGUCCAACACUGCAAGUGCAACCUGGGGAUGAUCCGACAUGACUAUCCACACAUCCAUAACUGGCUGAAGAAUCUGUACUGGAAUGUGCCCGGUUUCCAGGAAACGACAGACUUCAUGCACAUCAAGGAGAGCUAUACCAAAAAUGAACCCGAUGUCAAUCCAAAGGGGAUCACUCCCAUGGGACCCAUCCCUAAUAUUGAAAGAGCUGUGACCGAGAACUGGGAUGAGCUGCGUGUUGGUUUCAUCGGCGUCUAG